AUGAUCGGUGGUUGGACGACCAACCCAGCUGAUUAUAUUGGAUUUAUUUGCAAACUUCGUGCUUUUUUUGUAUUUUCAACAAGAACAAUUGCUCCGUGGUUAAUUGUAUUAGCCACUGUUGAUCGAUGGCUUUUAUCAAGUGUCGAUGCUCAUCGUCGACAAAAAAGCACAUUAAAAGCUGCUCAACAAUGGACAUUUAUUAUUGUCUUUCUUUCAAUUCUUCUCUAUGCUCAACAACUAUAUUGUUAUGAAGCAAAUCUUAUUGAUACUCCUCUGCGAUGUUAUGGGAAAACAGUUGCAUGUCGUUUUAUCACUGAUUUAUCAUUUGCUGUAAUGACAAUUAUACUUCCUUUAGUUUUCAUGAUUUUAUUUGGUGUGCUAACUAUUUCAAAUGUACGUCAAUCUCAACGUCGUAUUCAAGAAUUACACUUACGGAAUACGAAGCUUACAUUGAAUAAGUCAUCAGGAUCAAAUAAUGGAAAUACAGAACACAAAUCAAAACAAAGAACUGAGCGUAGUCUUCUUCGAAUGCUUUUUUUUCAAGUUUUACUUCUCGCUCUUUUUACUUUGCCGUUGUCUCUUGACAAAUUCUUUUCAACGUUCUCAGGAGGCAAUGAAACAUUGGUAGACGAGGCUAUUAACGACUUUGUAUAUGAUUUAGCAAUUUUGUCUUAUUUUAUAUCAAAUGGUAUGCCCUUCUAUAUUUAUACAUUGUGCGGUGGAACUGUGUAUCGAAAAGCUUUGUAUGCUUUGCUUAUGCUGGUGAAACGAAAGAUGAUGCGUCGAUAG